GAUGGCGACUUUGCCGUUGUGCACAUGACCAAGUUGCUGGUGCAGCACACUGGCAAGGUCGUCUGGAUGCCACCGGUUAUCUUCAAGAGCUACUGCGAAAUCGUCGUCUCCCACUUCCCGUUCGACGAGCAGAACUGCAGCAUGAAGCUCGGCACCUGGACCUACGACGGCAGCAAGGUCACCAUCAAGCAGGAGAGCGUCCACCAGGACAUGAGCAACUUCAUGGAGAACGGAGAGUGGGUGAUGAAGGAAUACCGCGGCUGGACCCACUGGGUGAACUACACCUGCUGCCCGGGGAAGCCCUACCUCGAUAUCACGUACCACUUUGUGAUGCAGCGACUGCCCCUCUACUUCAUCGUCAACGUCAUCAUCCCCUGCCUGCUCUUCUCCUUCCUCACCGGACUCGUGUUCUACCUGCCCACGGACUCAGGCGAGAAGAUGACGCUGAGCAUCUCCGUGUUGCUGUCCCUCACCGUGUUCCUGCUCGUCAUUGUGGAGCUCAUCCCGUCCACGUCCACGGACGUGCCCCUCAUCGGGAAGUACAUGCUCUUCACCAUGAUCUUCGUCAUCAUGGCCAUCAUCAUCACCGUCGCGGUCAUCAACAUCCACCACCGCUCACCCAGCACCCACACCAUGCAGCCCUGGGUCCGCAAGCUCUUCAUCGAGACCAUCCCCGGCAUGAUGUUCUUCUCCACCAUGAAGCGUCCCUCCAAGGAGCGCCAGGACAAGCGCAUCAUGGGCGAGGGGCUGGACAUCUCGGAGAUCUCGGGGAACCAGGAGCCGCCGGGUCAGGUGUACCACUCCGCGAUCACGCGCAACGCCGACGUGCGGGCCGCCAUCGAGGGCAUCAAGUACAUUGCGGAGCACAUGAAGGGCGACCAGGAGUCGAGCAACGCAGCGGAGGAGUGGAAGUUCGUGGCUAUGGUUCUGGACCACAUCCUGCUGGGCUUCUUCAGCCUCGUGUGCGUCAUCGGCACCAUCGCCGUGUUUGCGGGACGCCUCAUCGAGCUCAACAUGAACAAAUAG